CCGGCAGCGGCAAUACGACAGUCGGCUCGGGUUUUAUGUCUCAAUUUAAUUCAUGGAUAAACCGAUUGCGUGGCAAUAAUCACAACAACAAUAAUAAUAAUAAUAACAACAACAACAACAAAGACGGUGACAAAGACAAGGACACAACGGGUACGACCACUGGCGGUGGCGGCGGAGGAGGAGGAGCUCAGUCGGGAACGGUAGGCAUCGGUGGUCAGGUCAGCAGAUGCGUGCCGUACAGUACAUGCCCUAUCCGAUCAUGACUGGCAUACCAUCAGCGGCAAUGUACGGUCCGAUGCAACCGAUGUCGAUGUCCGCAGCRUUCGGWCCGCGACCUAUGCCCGCGUCGGCCGCUUUCGGACCGCCGCCCGGUAUGCCGUUCGGGUCGUUGGCCGCCGGUUCGAGUAUGGGACCGRAUUGGGCGCAUCGCUGGCCGCAGCUAUGGCUGCCGGUGUUUCACCCAUGGGUUCCGCGCUUAGCGGUGGUCCGUCUGGUCUCGGAUCGGCWCUSGGGUCGAGUCUGGGCUCCGGUACUCUGGGUUCAAGUUAUUCACARCUAAGCCAAUUGAGUCCAUUGAGGUCUACCUAUUCAUCCGCUUCACAUAUGAUGCCUGUACAUCACGACUACCAGGACUACGGCGGCCACGAGUCUCAGGUCAGCGGUUUCGGUAGUUUUGGGUCGUCUAGCGGUAGUCCCUAUGCUAGCAGUUUGACCAGCGGUGGCGGCGGCGGCGGUGGCGGUUCGGGCGGCAGUUCAGGCGGUUCAGGCGGUGGCGGCGGCAGUGGUGGUCACGACCAUCACAUACCCGAUAGUCAAUACAAUGGCGAAUCGGUUGACCAGAGCGGCGGCGAUGAGUAUUCAUCGGGUUAUCAUUGAUAGCAAAUGUAUUAUAUAUUUGUUGUUUUAGUCGUUAUAUGUGUUUGUUAUAUAUAUAUAUAUGUUUGUUA